AUGGCUGGUUCCAGGCCUACACCGUCGUUCCUGCACGCUACUCUUAUACUCUUUGCAGGCUCUCUGGUCGGCGCAGCUGUCAAAUGUCCUUCGAACAAUCUGGCAGAAGUAACAAGAGGCGCCAAAGAAUAUGUCCUAGUCUGCGGCUACCCUACCAAGGGAUCGACGAUUCUUCAAGGCUCGAACAUCGAAAAUGCUGAGGAUUGCGCCGAUCUCUGCUCCCAGAAAAGCCGUUGCGUCCAUGCAGAGUGGCGACCGUCUGAAAAGACAUGUAGUCUGAAAUCAGAUGGCAACAUUGCUGUGAUAGGUGAAGCUGUAUACAAUUGGAGAAAAAAAGGAACAGAGUUAGAUUUUGAGGACGAUGAACAAGGUUUUCCUGACAUACACAUCCAAGACGACGAAGAAGGCUUCCCUGAACCUGGAGACGAAGAGGGAUUUCCUGACCCCGGAGACGAAGAGGGAUUUCCUGACCCCGGAACUGGAGAAGGGGACUCUCCAUCCUCUUGCCCAGCGGCUUUCGCUGGUCUCGACAUUGAGACGGCAGUCCGCGAUUCCAUGGAAGUCUGUUGCCCUGAUGCUUCUGCUGACCACGAAGUCUUGAUCAAAGAGUAUAUGGCAAUCGUCAACAGCGCGCUCAACCUUCUCGGAAAAUAUUGUGAUAAGAGCUGCGAGCCUCCGGCCGCUCUAUGCUUCGGUCUCCCUGUCCAUCCUGAAGUUGUCCAAACGGCUGGCACCACCGUAGAGCUCAGAGACCUUCCCCAGAACAGCCUCGCGAAGGAAAAUCACGUCUUCGACUUUGAUACUUUGCUGGGACCUGUGAAGCCAGGUUUUGAGUUGUACAAAUCUCGGCGUGCAAUGACUCCUAUUCAACGCCCUUUCGGACGGACCUUCUAUCUGAUUCGAGCAGGUACCCAGGCAUCAGACCUACAGUACAUCGCCUCUGGCCCAACUGAACUGCAAUAUUACGCAUCGUGCAGUGAAGAUACACCCUGCGUCUACAGUAACGAGAAGCCUUGGACCUCUUAUACCUUCGGCCCAGGUGCAGAACUUGUCAUAGACUUCAGCACUUAUGAACAAGAUAUGGUUCUUUCUGUCGCCGACCUGUACGCUACCUCAGAGCAACACGCGGUUUUCAUUGACGGGAAAGAGAUCGGUCGUACACAUGGAGCACUUUCACUCAAAGGUCGUGGGAAAGAUCCAUAUGACCCAGCCAUGAUGUCAAAUGAUCAUGUCGGAGACUUGCCUGACGGCCCUGCAAAAUCCAUUAUCGGGCGAGGAUUCUGGGGCUCCUUCAAAAUUCCCAAAGGCUCUAAAUCAGUAGUUGUUAAGAUGAUAUAUCCUACUAAUAACUUCAAAGGGGCUGGAGCCUACCGCAUUGACAAAAGCUGUGACAUAUAG